AUGCAUUUUUCAAUCGCUUUAUUGACCCUACUUACUACGACAUCCAGCGCAUCCUACGUUGUCCAAGAUGACUAUUCGUCGUCGUCGUUUGCAGACAUGUUCGAUUUCUACACGGACGACGAUCCAACCAACGGCUACGUCAAUUACGUCUCAUACAGCACUGCCGAAAGCGAGGGCCUUUACAAAAUUCAGGAUGGUGCUGUCUACAUGGGAGUCGAUUCUACAAACACUGCCUCUGGCCGCGGUCGAGACAGUAUUAGAAUAGCCAGCAAAAACACCUACGAACAUGGUCUCGUCGUCCUCGACCUCGCACACAUGCCAGCUGGUGCCUGUGGAACAUGGCCUGCCUUUUGGAUGCUUGGAGAGGACUGGCCCAACAACGGCGAAAUCGACAUCAUCGAGGGCGUGAACGACCAAUCUGCUAACAACAUGGCCAUGCAUACUAGCGACGGCUGCACGAUCACUAACACUGGAGCUUUCUCCGGCACUCUCGAGACCGACAAUUGCUAUGUGCAGGCCGCCGACCAAUCCAGCAACGCCGGGUGUUCGAUCCGCAGUACAGACGACAGCAGUUUCGGCAGUGGUUUUAACUCUGCUGGCGGCGGUGUCUUCGCCACGGAAUGGACCAGCGAAGCCAUCAGCAUCUGGUUCUUCUCCAGAGACGCAAUCCCAUCCGACAUCACCAGCGGCAGUCCCGACCCAUCCGGCUGGGGCCUCCCUCAAGGACAAUUCACAGGAGGCUGCGACAUUGACGACAAAGUCAAGAACCAGCAAUUGGUCUUCGACGUCACCUUCUGCGGCGACUGGGCCGGCGACGUGUGGUCGACAGACACAGCCUGCAGUGCGAAAGCAUCAACUUGCUCGGCCUAUGUUCAAAACAACCCUUCCGCCUUCGAGGACACAUACUGGCUCAUCAACAGCCUGAAAGUGUACACCGACAACGGCGCAUCAUCAACUGCAGCGGCCACCACAUCAGCAAAAUCAUCAGCAGCUGCCACCACCGCCGCCGAGACUUCUGCUGCCGCAACUACGGCCGUCGCUACCGCUUCUGCGACUGGCGAUCUCAGCACCAUCACCGGCGCAACGACUGCAACCACCUUCAUCACAUACACUUCCGCAGAGUCUUCGGACGCUGCUACAACUACGGCCGCCGCCGCAACAACGACCAACGUCGUCGUCACCGAGACCACAUCCGUCGACACUGCGGAAGCCACUUCUGCCGCUGCGACAUCAGACCCUGCAACAGCCGAGGCGACAUCAGCGGCUGUCACAACGGCAGUAGCCACGACAGCAGCAGCAGCGACAACAAUUCAAACAUCAGCCGCAGCAGCAGCAACCACAGCAGCCGGAUCGGACAGCAGCAGCUGGAGCUCAUCAAAUGGUCACAGCGGCUGGAGUGGGCAUUCCGGAAGUUCAGGAAGGGGUGGUCACAGCGGCAGUGGCUGGCGACGCUUCUUCUCGUGA